AGGAAAGAUGGGCGGGGUUAGAUCCAGAAAUUCUUAGGUGUUGUCAUUGCGUUCUUUAGUUUGGUGUGCUUUACACUGGGUGUGUGGGUGGAAUUCAAAAGUGUUGACAAUGCGACUCUAACAGCAGUUGUUUUUCUUCUUUUUCUAUAGCGUGUAGGGUGUUACGUUUUUCUCUCAAACAGAACAAAUACAGUUAAGUGCCUCCGGAUAUCGAAUUACAAUAUUUCACCCGAAGUCUAGUUCUUAGGCUACUAGCUAACGCCUAACGUUAGCUAUGGAGGAAAAGAAGAAGGAGGAGGGAGAAGCGGAGAUCCAAGAGCACGGCCCCGAACACUGGUUCUCCAAGUGGGAACGGCAGUGCUUAGCAGAGGCCGAACAGGGGGGUCCUAACGAGGAGGAGACGGAACAAAGCCAGCAGAAACUGUGGCACCUCUUUCAGAACUCCGCUACCGCGGUAGCACAACUCUACAAAGAUCGAGUAUGUCAACAGCAAGGCAUCUCUCUCUGGGUGCCCUUCCAGAAUGGAGCCACAGCUGUCACUAACCUGUAUAAAGAGAGUAUGGAAUCCCGCCAACGGAGCUAUGACCUGGGUAUCCACUUGGGUUACCAACGCAGGAAUAAAGAUGUGAUUGCAUGGGUAAAGAAACGCAGAAGAACUAUCAGACGCGAGGACCUCAUCAGCUUCCUGUGUGGUAAAGUCCCACCUCCACGGACAGCUCGCGCCCCGCCCAGAGUUGCCGUGGUGUCUGCCAGCCGACCAUCACCCCCAGAGACGGGCAGCUCUGUAGAAACAGACCUGCAGCCUUUCAGAGAGGCCAUAGCUCUGCAUGGCCUCAGUGGUGCCAUGGCAAGCAUUUCUGUACGUUCUGGUCCUCCUGGUUCCCCAACUCACCCUGCCCAGUCCCUCAGUCGUCGUAGGAAUGGUCUUCACGACGUGGACCUCAACACCUUCAUUGCUGAGGAGAUGGCACGCCAUUUGGAUUCCACAGCCAAUCGUAAACGCGGCCCUGCCCCGUGUAGUGAUGUCAUUACAGACUCACCUACUCAUAAACGUAACAGGAUGCUCUGAACCUUUCCUACACCACUAAUCCCUCCUCUGUCCUCCUUGGUGGCCGACUGGACAGCUGAUGAGGACUGAUGCCUUGGCCAACCAUUGAAAUCUUCCUCCUUUUCAUCUUAGUUGCAAUGCUACAAAUAAAAGAACUGAGCUAUUACCAACCCAAAAUAUUUCUCCCCUUUGUUUUUCUUCUUCAUCCCCCCUCUGUUUUUUCAUGCUUCCUUUCCAUAGUAGUGUGCUGUUCUUUUUCAGAACAUUUUCUUUCCUGUUUAUGUUUAGUUGCCCUCAGUAGAUAACUUAGACCUAGUAGAUACCUAAUUGAGCUAAUGUCACACUUGAACCCCCCAAAUUGCAGAAUGUUGCAUUCAGAUAUUGUUUAUUUGGCCGGGCUCCAUUGUGCUUCACAUCCGAUAAUCAGAUGAAAUGGGCUGUUGCUUACUGUUUUCAGUUCUCUUCCCCUUAUUCUCAAGCGUACUUAUUCCUUCUGUUACUCUGUGGAGUGAUGGCCAAACCAGGAUGGACUUAAACCUGGACUCCUCAGAAGGCUGAACCACCUCCCCGCCGUGUGGCUCGACUCGGAUCUCAUUCUGCUGCUGCUCCUGUGUGUUUGCGUAUCUGACAGCAGAACUGCCACUUACUGUGUUGUACUUGUCUUUGCCUUCGAGAAAGCUGCUACAGUAUCUCUGGUUGUUGUGCAACAGUGAGCGUGUGUGUGCGCGUGAGAGCGAGUGUUUGUGCGUGUCUUUAUGGACGCAGGUUUGUGGCAAAUCCAGCACCCACUUGAACGCAUUAUUUCAUGUUUUACUUCUUUAAUUCAUCCUUUUUUUCUUUAGAUGCUCUUUGCAGCCCAGAACAGGAUUUUAUCACAAAGCAGGUCAGUCAGUGAUGACCGUUAAUGGUGACUUCUUACUGUCUGAGUUAGGUGACACGUUGAGUAGUGGCAUGACAAGUGAUGGAAAAGCAAGAUGCAUUUUCAAGAAAGAUUUCUAUAAACAGACACCCUCACCCCUCAUUUAUGUUUUGUAAUUUUCUAAUCGCACUGUUAACCAUGUCAGCUUGUCAGGUUUACAGAUAAUCCAAAUAUACCCAGUCUCCCUUUCAGCAUCAAAACACAUUUGACUGAGUUUGCGUAUAGAGCAGUAAUAGUAUUUCAAAGCUUGCGUUUGCCUACUUCAUGUUUCAUUUGGCCCAUCAUUGAUGAGAGCUUAAAGUGGUGCUUUGUAAUAAUUUUUACAAAACUUUCACUCUUAAGAUUCCAGCUUUAAACCAGGAGGAAGUUGUCAGUGAACUAACUGGGGGCUCUGACUUUUUUUUUUUCAGCCAGCUCAUGGACUAUUGGGCUCAAUGGUUCAGUAAGGCUUGGGAUAGUUGUUUAGAUAAUUUCGCACACUGCUUUGUGAUACAAUCUUGUGUAAUGUCUGUAAAUAACAUGUAGGUGCUGUUAUAUGUGGUACAUAUUGUAAAAAGAAGUGCAAAUCCAUCGGGAUGUCCAUGUACAAUUCUGACAUUAAAGAAAAUACAAGCGUUUA